UGAUGCAGAAGAUGGAGGAGGACCGUGACCAGAAGUGGAGACAUUUUUUUUGAGGAAGACGGUCACGUGACGGUCGGUUUUGAAAAAUGACACUUCUUCCCAGCCUCCCCGGGCCUUAAGGUCGCACCAGGACCGACCCGCGCGAUUGCGCCCGCGUGUUCUCUCUCGAUCGCCGCCCGUCGACGCCGCGCGCCAUGUGGUGGUUCGCGCAAGGUUGGUGCUUCCUGCCAGUUUUUUUGGUGGUGUGGUCCUCGAGCACUUUCAUCGUGUCCUACGUGGUCGCGCUGUUUCGACGCGACGUGGACGUGUUGUUCCCCUACAUCAGUGACACAGGAGCAAACCCCCCAGAGAGCUGCAUAUUCGGCAUGAUGACAUUUGUUUCUGCAUGCGCAGGCAUGGCCACAAUCUACAGCAGGUUCAAGUUUGUGGAGAAGCUGUGCGAGGAGACAAGGGCUGUGAAUCCACGGCUGAACAAGACAGCGCUGGCGCUGGGAAUGCUCUCCUGCUUGGGAAUGUGCGUGGUAGCCACAUUUCAGGAGACGGCGGUGACGACGGUUCACGACAUUGGCGCCUUGCUUUUCUUCCUCACGGGCGUCCUCUACAUCCUCCUGCAGUCGGCCAUUUCCUACCACGCCUUCCCGUACGGCUCGUCCUUGGCGGUGUGUCGGGCGCGGCUAGCUGUGGCCGUCCUUGCCUCGCUGGCUAUCUUCCCGACUGUCAUUUGUGCAUUUUUUGUCAAGCAAAAGGACCUGCACAGAGAUGCUCGGAGCAAGGACUAUCCGUUCCACGUGGCCAGCGCCGUGUGCGAGUGGAUCGUGGCCUUCAGCUUCGUCUGCUUCUUCCUCACCUACAUUGACGACUUUAAACUGUUUACCUUGCGGGUGAAGACCGAGAUGCUAUAAAGGAGAGCAAAGCACAUUUUCCCGGAGCAUUUCACACGCUGCUGCGCGGCCUCGCAUCCGUGGAGAAAUUUUUGCACUUUGUUCCACUCUUGCGACAUCAUGGGGGGAAAAAAAAAAGACAUUUUUUUAUGAGAGGCGGACGCA